AUGGAGAAUCAAUCCACCACCACAUCGCCAAACGGGAUGACGCCAGCGAAUCCAGAAACGAUGGCGGCAAUGCUUGAACUACUUUCUGCCUAUUUAGUAUUGUUUAUAUUUGGUUUUAUAUGUGCACUUAUAAAUAUACCGCUUUUAUACAUUCUAUUUUCUUCGAAAAAACUUCGCGACGAUUCGAAGCUUCUAAUUUGUCUCGCAUUCGGAGAUCUUCUAAAUUGUGCCGGUUUAUCACUUAUGGGUCUCGAUCGAUAUCUAUUGUUUACACGAUCUAUUCCGACUGGAAUGGUACCGCUUGAGACAUCAUUGUCGUGCGCAUCUAAGCCAUAUAUGUGGUUCAGAAUUCUUGGUAACCUAUGGCCACCCACGGUGCUGAUGAUAAUGGGUAUGGAACGUGUUUUUGCUACAUUGCUACCUAUAGCAUAUAUAAGACAUGUCCGCGAUAGGGGUAUUCAUUUAAGUUUGAUCAGUAUAGUCCUGGUUUUGAUGUUUUGCGCGAUUGGACUUACACUUUCUAUCACGAAUCUAACAAAAGGAUACGUUAAGUUUGACUGUGGUAGGAAAGCCACAUUUUCUGUGUCGUACGCUUACUAUAUUUAUAUGUGGGAGAUGUUAGGAUAUCUUGCUGGUCUCGUACUGAAUAGUUUUGCGUAUAUUCGUGCGAUAGCGAUUAUAUCAAAUAAAAUAGUUCGCGAUCAACUGAAAAGAAUUCGAUACGGCUUGGUCUUGGGUGUUCUAUCCUCGUUACUGGUAUCUGUUCCGAAUAUGAAAUCAUUAUUUCUUGAACAAUUACGAUUUGCUGGUAUGGAUGAGUGGGUCUCACAAAUGUUCAAUUGGUUCAGCUUGAUCAAUUCCUCUAUAAACAUAUUUGUGUACAUUUGCCUGUUUAAAGAUUUUCGGGACGAAUUUGCACGACGUUUUCGUGUCAUGCCACAAACUAUGUUACCAGCAAAUGAGACAGAAAUCGAAGUGAUGUCUCAAGGAAUUUCCUCCUAUCUGGUGUUGUUUAUUAUGGGUAUCGUGUGUACGUUUCUUAACAUCCCGCUACUUUAUGUUCUACUUAAAUCAUCACGAUUUCGUUCGGAUUCCAGGUUGCUCAUAUGCUUAGCCAUUGGAGACAUGAUUAAUUGUCUUGCCUUAUGCUAUUUGGGAUAUAAUCGACAUCGUUUAUACAUGGAAUCCAUAAAAACGUACAUGGUACCGAUGGAAACUUCUCGAACAUGCGCAAAAAAAGCGUACAUGUGGUUACGACUAAUCGGAAACGUUUGGCCGCCUACAGUACAACUUUUGAUGGGAGCGGAAAGAACGCUCGCUUGUUGGGCACCAGUAUUUCAUUUAACGUACAUACGUAAAAGGCUGGUCUACAAGAAUGGAUAUCUCAAUUAA